AAUGUACAAUAAGGAGGCUGGCUGACUCUGUUUCCGUCUCAUAGCCAAUGAGUGAAAGAGGAGGGUUUUCCCUUUUAUUUUAUAACCUUGCUUGCUGUCCAGCACGGUGCGGGCUCCAUUUUUUCCCUGGAAAUAAUGUCCAAAGCAGUGGCAGUGGUUACCGGUGCCAACAAAGGCAUUGGAUUGGCGAUCGUGCGGGGACUUUGCAGAGCUGGCUUUCCCGGGGAUGUGGUCCUCACUGCUAGAAAUGAAAAGCUCGGACACGAAGCGGUAGAUAUGUUGCGAGAGGAGGGAUUAGAGACGGUUUUCCACCAACUUGAUGUCUGUGACCAGACCAGCGCCGAGCGUCUGAGAGACUUCUUGCAGAACACAUAUGGAGGAUUGGAUGUACUGGUUAACAACGCGGGAAUCGCUUACAAGAAUGAUGCGGUGGAGCCCUUCAGCGAGCAGGCUGAGGUGACCAUGCGCACCAACUUUUGGGGGACGCUGAAAGUGAGCCGCGCGCUUCUUCCGCUGCUGCGGCCCUGCGCCCGCGUGGUCAACGUGUCCAGCUUCGUCAGUAAGCGGGCUCUUGGACAGUGCAGCCCCCAGCUGCAGGCAAAGUUCCGUGAUGCCGAGCUGUCGGAGGAGGAGCUGUGCUCCCUGAUGGAGGAGUUUGUGAAAGCAGCUCAGCGGGGCAAACACAAGGAAGAGGGCUGGCCCACCACUGCUUACGGCACCACCAAGAUCGGCGUCACGGUGCUCUCCCGGAUCCAGGCGCGUGUCCUGUCCCAGACUCGGGCGGGCGACGGCAUCCUGCUGAACGCCUGCUGCCCCGGCUGGGUCCGCACGGACAUGGCGGGCCCCAAGGCCCCCAAGAGCCCCGAGGAAGGGGCCGAGACCCCCGUCUACCUGGCCCUGCUGCCCCGGGGGGCGGCGGGGCCCCACGGGCAGCUGGUCUGGGACAAGGAAGUCCAAGAGUGGUAGCGGCGCGCUCAGUUUUUUUUUUGGAAGAGCGUCCGUGUCAGGAACGGUGGUGAUUACCGUUUAUAGCAGUAAACAAGGCAGCAGAUUCAUAAUCAUUUAGGGGGGGGAAAAAACAUCUCGUUCAGAAGACUCAGACUGUUAGGGUUCCAGAUCCGGAUCUAUUGUAGCACGCGAUGCUGUUAAUACUUUCUGACUGUGAAGCCUCACAGUGGUCCAAUGAAGUAAUUACGGCCCGUACCGACAGUGAUCAUUAAACCUCAGUGACAAUGGGCAUUACUGAGUCAUCAUUUUGGGAAUUACUUGGGAUGUGUAUUCAAGGGCAUUUUUUAAUGGUGAAUUAAUGUGAUUUUAAAAGAAAAGGUGAAAGGGGGAGUUUUUCCUUGUCAAUGUUGUUCUAGGUUUGCUUUUCCAGGGGAUUUUUUAAGAUGACGUCUGCUUUAAAACCUAUUGUGACAAACGUAUUGUGAAUCAUGCUAUACAAAUAAAUUGGAUUUCAUUC